CAGAACAAAACACACGGUGAGACACAAGACAAUAAAGCGAGGACGGUAGCAUCCAGACGGGGAUCUGCUUCCGUUGAUUGGCCGCGGCGAAAGGCGUAAUCUUCGUGGCGGUGCGAUGAUUUGCUGAAUCUCGCUUCACCGUGAUUCAGGCAAUAUGGGCAGGACUCAGAAGGUCAAAAUCUAAGCAGCUGCUAUUGCAACGAUCAAGAAGUUGGCAAACGCGAUGCCCGGGCAGAGGAGGGAGUGAGCGGAGCACUCUGUGCAGCCGAGUACGAGAAAAUCUGAUAAGGAUGGAAAGAUAGAAUAGCUGCACAUGGUUUUUGACUGGUAAUGUUAGGAAUGCUAACUGGAACCAUCGUUAGGAGCAAAAGAUUAAAUUGCAGUUCUGCCAAGAAUUUGGAAGACUAGGUACCAAUGGGGUUGAAGACAGAAGAAACAAAUUGCCAGAAACAGUUUGAAGCAGCUGUCCAGGUCAUUCAAGGCUUGCCCAGGAAUGGUUCCUAUCGCCCUUCAUAUGAAGAAAUGCUACGCUUCUACAGUUACUACAAGCAAGCAACAGUGGGUCAAUGCCAGAUCCCAAGGCCAGGAUUUUGGGAUCCUAUUGGCAGGUAUAAAUGGGAUGCCUGGAGUAGCUUGGGAAAGAUGACCAAAGAGGAAGCCAUGGCUGCUUAUAUUAUGGAAAUGAAGAAGGCAGCCCAGAAGGUCAUCAACUCUGUGCCGAUGGACGAAGCAUCGGAGGACAUGUUUGUAUACUUUGAGCCCCUCUAUGAAGUGAUUCAUGAUAUGCCCAGACCCCCCGAAUCCUUCUUCAAGAAGAAAUCAGUUAAAUUGGACUCAGAAUCUGCCUCUUUGCAAAAUAGUUCAUUAAAUGGACUUGCUGAAAUCUGUCCAAAUCCACCAGCGUAUGAAGAAUACAAGCAAGCAGGACUUGGCCUUGCCAACAAAGCUAUGAGGAGCAGCCAGAUGACCAGUGAUUCAGAGAAUGAGGUGUUCUGUGAUAGCCUAGAACAAGUGGAGCCUCAUCAGGCCAGAAGACUGUCAGCCAAACAAAGCUUUCCCUUGAGCAACCCUCCCAGCAGUCAAGCUGCAGAGAAAAGGGGAUCGGCAAUGGAUCGUUCAGCUCCAUCUCAUCUUACACACCUGCAUACUGCCCCUGCCAAGAUCAGCGGCAGUCUUGAAGCCAUCAAAGAGAGCCAGGCAGGUGUCUUGACCCAGAAGGAUGUGACACUGCAGGUGAUGAGUACCAUUCAAGCUUUGCAACAGGAUAUGAAGAAAGUGAUGGAAAGACUCAGCUACUUGGAAUCAUGGGCAGCUUUGCAGCACCAUACAUCCAUGUUGAACCCUUGCCUGCCAGCUAAAGUACCUGAUGCAAAGGAACUGCCAAGUUGGCCUGUACGCCUGUCUCCUCAUACCUGGUUUUUCUUGCUGGCUUGGCCUUUUGUUGCCCAGUGGCUACUUUGGUGCUUCCAGAGACAGAAGAGAUGAAUUCCUUAUUGUCAUUCAAUAAUAUUAAAGGAGAAAAACUACUUGGAAAUGGCUGGAAAGAUGGGUUCAAACUCUAAAAAUUGGACUCCUACCAACACUUACCAGUGACUUUACUUUUUCAUCUUUAUUAACCUACCUUGCUACAGUUCUUAACUACCUUAACUACGCAAGACUGUGAAAUGGGGUGGUAUGGGGAUGGUAACCAAACUUUUAACUAGUCCAGGAAAGGAACAUUUGUGAUACUAGCUCCAUAACACCUAAGGAGAAAUGAACGCGACAAUGUCUUUUUUUUGUCCCAGGUGGCCUAAAAUCAUUCCAGCUGUGAAAAAUAGUUUGAUGCUAAGUAAAGAAGCUGUGGUCUCCUUCCUUGUCUGUAACACCUACAUACAGUGAGCAUCAUGCUAUUGAGAAGACAAUAUAAUGGAGGGAGCCCUCCAUAGCUGCUGUUAUCAGGUUCUCACCAUCUAUUCUAGAAACAAGAGAUUGACAACUUAACAUGGUAAUGCCUAAUCUCAUGCAUCAACUUAAAGUUGGAGGGAAGAAUCCCUCUGAGAAUGAGGCCUUUCCCUCUACACUGAGGUUCCUCACCACCUGUCUCUUCACUUUGGGAGCAACACAUUUAGUUAACAUAAAAAUAGUCCUGCAUCCAGUUCUGAGGAUUAUAAGAAGGCUACUAACAGAAUGAAAUGUGUUCAGAAGUUAUUAAUACAGACAUCAGGGAGUCAGAGAUCCACCCAAAUCCAAUAAGGAAAAUCUAAAGGAGUUAUUUGGUAUGUCUCGCCUGAAGAAGAAAAAAUGUAAAAACUGUCAUAAAGCUGAAGGAGGAAAUUUAUCUUAUGUUGCUUAAGAGGGUUGGACCUGAACCAACUGAUUUAAAUUAUAAGAAAGGAUUCUGAGUAAAUAUUAGGAGCUAAGUGUAGCAUUAUAUGAGUAGAUUUUUUUUUCUCUUCUUCCACGUAACCCUCUGCAUGCCACCAUCAGCUCCAGAGGGUACCUCAGUUUUCCAAAGUAAAUCUGAGUUGGAUAUAUUGGCUUUCAAGGGGAAUGAUGUCCUGAUAUACCACUGGAUAAGCUAAUAAGAACUACCUGAUAGUACAAACUGACAGUGGAACAGAGUGCCUCAGAAGAUGAUAGAUUAUUUUUAAGCAUAUAUUUUUAAGCAGAAAUUUGCUGUAACACUACAUUUCCAGCACUCACAUACAGUACAUGAUUUUUGAGGUCCCCUUCAUCUUUAUGUCUGAGUUUCAAUUUGCUAAGCAUUGUUUGUGUUAACUAUAAAUUGUUGGAUAAUU